GGAAAAGAGUGGAGCGUUUUACGGCAGUUGCGUUACGCCUAUGGAAUCUGUUGUGACGUCUGUUUGCGACUCUUGGAGAGAUGUGGAAUUCAGUGACUUACAAAAAACUCUCGAGUCCGUUGCAUCGGAGUUGACAUCAAAUCACCAAAAGAAUGACAUUUCGCGAACUAAUUUGGUAAAUCAGACGAAAGAGUUUCGAAAAUCUGCGUCUGAGGAAGCGCGAAAGUCAGCGAUGAACAUAAUUAAGUAUUAUCAGACUGAGUUUGAUGCUGUGCAAAAAAGGUGCAAGUACUCAGAGGAUGCAUAUCUCUCGAUGUACAAAAGACUGAUUGAUCUCCCAGACCCUUCCCUCGCCCUGGCUGAGCUUCACUCUUUACAGAAAAGAGCAGAUAAAGCUGCAGAACUUGAGUUCGAGUCACGUAAAUUAAAGGAAAGCAACGAUGAGCUAAAGGCUAGAGUUCAAGAACUUAAGAAUCAUGAACGUGAAAACAAGCGCUUGCAAAAGCGUCUUGAUGAACUAUCAACCUCUUUGGAGUCUCAAAUACAAAGAAAUAAUUCCAAGUUGGAGAAUGAAUGUCAAAGGAAACUGGAGUCUAAGGAGCAAGAAUUAGCUAUUUUUAAAGCUGAGGCCGAAGAAAAGCUUAGCAGUUUCGAAGCUAAAAAUAUGGCUAUUUCGAAAGCUUUGGAAAUGGCACAGUCAGAACUGUUUCGACUAAAAACUCAAGUAAAUGCAAGUGAAACUGGUCGGUCAUCUGAACUUGAAUUACUUAUUGAUGAUCUGGAAAAGUCAAAUUCAAAACUUGCAGCAGCUGAAGCAGAAUUGGCUAGAUUACGUGAAAAUUGUUCACAUGUCUCAAGUGUACCUGUUGCAGAUAUUAAUCGUCUUCAAUGUCGUGUUGAAGAACUUGAAUAUGAAUUAUCCACUUGUUCAAAUGAGAAAUCUUCACUAAUUGACCAGUUAGAGUCAUUGAAGUCAUCAAAAGCUUCUAACGAGACUGUAUUACAAAAUCGUAUUCAAGAUACUGAAAAAUUAUUAACAGAAACUCAAACUGCUUUAGAUGAAGCAAAUGGGAAAAUUAAUCGUCAAUUAGAUUAUGAUGAAAUAAAACGUGAAUUAUCACUUCUACGGUCUAUUGAAUUCCCUGAUGAUGGCGAAAACCUUCAUAAUAAUGCAUUGUCUGAUCGUCCUCCAUUAGAAGUACUUCUUUUAAAAAAGAAUAAAGUAUUAGAAAAUCAAUUGGCUGAAGUAAAUACCUCUUGUGAAAAGUUACAGAUUGAGCUGACUCAGUUGAAGUCGAAUGAAGUAGAAUCAAAGCAACGAAUUGAAGAACAAACAGAGUUAAUUAAACUAUUAGAAUCUGAUUUAUAUCGUUUACAGACUGGUUUUGAUGAAACACGACGAUCAUCUACUAGUGAUUCAAGAAGUCGAUUAGAAGGACAAUUACUUGCAGAAGUGAUCGGUGAACAAAAAUCAAAUCAAAUCGAUCAAUCAUUACUACAUAUUGUACAAAACCAACGUGACCGAUUUCGUAUACGAGCUGAAGAAUUAGAACAGAACGAAGUGAGUCUACGCCAGCAAUUAGUAUCACUACAAAGUGAAAUUGAAUCUGUCCGUAUGGAUAAUGUAAAACUCUAUGAGAAAAUACGCUUUCUACACUCAUAUGGUACAAGUCCUACAACACAAACACAAACAGUACGUAUUCAUUCUAGUCAGCAACAACCACCACAACAGAAUUAUUCACCACCGACACCGUCACCAUCUUAUCCAAGUAAUAAUGUUGAUUCAAAUGAUCCUACUGUCAUUAAAUAUUCACAAGUCUAUGAAGCCCAAUUGAAUCCAUUUAAUCAAUUCAGUCGUUAUGAAAAACAACGUGUAUACAAAAAAUUACAGCCAUAUGAAAAAUUGAUGUUACACUUGGGACGUUUUGUCAGCUCUGAUCGUAGAUUACGCUUGGGUGUAUUUUUAUAUGCUAUAUUUCUACACUUGUUCAUAUUUAUUGCAUUGUAUAAAGCUGCUCAUUUUCAACACAGUGCAUUGGAAACUGAAGCCAAUUGUCAUUCACGUUUUGCAGAACAUAUGCAAAAAGCUCACAAUCAGGGAAUUGGAAAUCCAUAGUGCCUCCUAUGCCUUCUUUCUUUCUCUCUUUUUUACAUUACCCAUCCCCCCCCACACCCAGUCCUUCUUCUUUCUGUUUUGCUUAUUCAUUUAUCAAUUUUGGUAAUAUUUUUUAAGUGAUUUUGUUUUUUAACGCUGUUGCUUUCACUGAUCUGAUACAGCAAACAAUUGAAUGAAUUCAACACCUGUAUUUUCUUUCUCCAAGUGAAUG